CAGGUAUGGAGAAGAAGGAUAUAGUUACUAAAGAGAAACAGAAGAAGAUUUGUAGGCAAGGGAUAAGCAGCCGUAUCCAAAAUGAGCUGAACACUGCCAACAGGAUGAAAUGCUUCAUACACCAGUAAUGCAAAACUAUGAAGUUAUGGAGUUAUUGAAUCAUACAGCAAUGAACGGCAGCUUUCAAUAACCAAUGUGAGGGGAGAACAGUUCAAUGAGCUAUAGCUGAGAUGGAGGAAACUGGAUUACAGCAAAGAAAAUAUUCAAUUAAGAUCUAUAAAUCUGCAGACAGUCAUGGGGAAAGAUUACUACAAAAUAUUAGGACUAUCAAAGGGGGCAUCAGAGGAGGAUAUUAAGAAGGCUUAUAGAAAACAAGCUCUGAAAUAUCAUCCUGAUAAGAACAAGGAUCCAGGAGCUGAAGAUCGAUUUAAAGAAAUUGCUGAGGCCUAUGAUGUGCUGAGUGACCCCAAGAGGAGAGACAUUUUUGAUAAAUAUGGAGAGGAAGGUCUCAAGGGAACUCCUGGUGGAGCUGGAGGCUGUAAUUCCAAUGGCCCAUCAUUUAGUUACUCAUUUCAUGGAGACCCUCAUGCAAUGUUUACAGAAUUUUUUGGGGGGCGAAACCCCUUUGACAACUUCUUUGGCCGUAGUGAGGAAGAUAUGGAGACAGAUGAUCCAUUUGCAGGCUUUGGCAUGGGUGGUAUGGGUGGCAUGGGGGGUUUUGGGAACAUGGGUGGCUUUCCUCGAGCUGGACCAGGCAGAAGAGAACCUGGCCCUAAGAAACCGGAUCCACCAAUUGUUAGGGAAUUGCCAGUGACUCUUGAGGACGUGUUUAAUGGUUGCACAAAGAAGAUGAAAAUCUCGCACAAAAGGCUUGGUCCAGAUGGAAGGAGUGUGCGCACUGAGGACAAGAUUCUAACUAUCCAAGUUAAAAAAGGCUGGAAAGAAGGCACCAAAAUCACCUUUCCAAGGGAAGGUGAUGAGACUCCUACCAACAUUCCUGCAGAUAUUGUGUUUGUGUUAAAGGACAAACCCCAUUCUGUGUAUAAGAGAGAAUCAUCUGAUUUGGUGUACCAAGCCAAGAUUAGCUUGCGUGAGGCACUUUGUGGCUGCACAGUUAACGUCCCCACCUUAGAUGCUAGGACAAUCCCCCUAACGCUGAAAGAUAUUGUUCGCCCUGGUACAAAACGCCGGAUUUCGAAUGAGGGCCUUCCUUUUCCCAAAUCCCCAGAGCAACGUGGGGAUCUCAUUGUGGAGUUUGAUAUUCGUUUCCCUGAACGCCUUCCAGCUGCCUCCAAAGAGACGCUGGAGAGGGUUCUACCUGCAUAAGGACCCUAUGGACUUCGCACAAGGUGACAAAGACCAAAGCAGAACUAGAUUGACUGGCUGAAUCCUGGUUGUUGGUACCAUAUGGCAUCAAGAGGGUUGGAGGUGCAGUGACCCUAAAAAAUGACCUAUUGUGAGCUCAAUUUGUAUGUUGUACAGCUUUUGUUCUCAUUAUAUGAAAUUAAAAAUUCAACAGCGCUUUCACGUAAAGAUAAAAAAAAAUGCUUUAUGUAAUGGUUCUCAAAGCCUACACACACACCUAUCUAUAUCAUUUAUUACUAAAAUUCAGUCUAACAAAUACCUGUAUUCCUUAAAGCUGGAACUAAACCCAUACAGUUCAAACCAGCUAGGAUGUAUGUCCAGAAAUGUAUUGGGUAUAGUACUGCAGGAUUUAUUUUGUUUAUCUUUCCAGUUAGAAGGAACACUCCACCCCACCCCCGCUUUUUUUCUUGUUGCUUGAUUUGUCUUAAACUGAAGCACAAAACCCGAAGUAUUGACUGCAUAAUCAUGUUACCUUAAAACAAAAAUACACUUUUUUUAAUGUAGAGUUAUCUGAAAAGCAUUUUUUUUUGUUUUUACUUUUUCCAAACUCUGUUAUGUUACUUUUAGUUUUGUGCUUCUCCACAUCCAUAAUUUUAACUUUUCUAAAUUUAAAGUGAAACUGGAAGUUACUUAGUUUACCUGAGGUAAACAAGAAAAAAAUGUGGAGUUCCAAUAUGGCCACACUUAACUACUUUAAUCAGAAAAGCAUCUCAUAUCAUUUUUCCGUUCAUUCCUUUGUUAAAAUGCUGGGGAAAGCAGUUUCAACAGUAGUAAAGCCUUUGUUACUUGAUUUUGAGAAAUAUUGUCUGUGAUAAAAGUUGCAGGUUUUAUUUUUGUUGUUGUGUUGUAAAAUGUAUGAGAACUGUGUAUAUAUGUACUUGUUUUGUAUGUUUAUAUUUUUCUAUGUUCAAUUGUUUCAUAUAAAGCACGUAUCUCGUAGUUACUGGAAUUCAAAGUCCUAAUUUUAGUGUGUAUUCAAACAUUUUUAUAACGCAAAUACUUUUAAUUUUGUAUAUAGUCUUGGAUGCUCCUGUGCAGCUGAUAACCCCCCCCCCCCCCAAAAAAAAAAUGUAUAAUAUUCUGGUCAAACUUAAACUAAUCACUUUUACUUUGUAUUACUUAGAUUAUUUUAUUCAGCUGAAUUUCUGGACAUUGCAAGACUUGUGCAUUUCAUACUCCUAAACAGGCAGAGAGUGGAUGUUAAAGCUGUUGAAAUAUGAAAAACACUCUAAAGCAUCUCCUUAUUAAUUUGCAUAUUAUAAAUGUGUAUUUUUUUAUUUUAUUAUUUUAACUGUUUUUCCAUGUUUGGAAAGAUUUUGCUGUAAAUAUAUUGCAGGCACUUAAAAAUGCCAAAGGUUUAAUAGUAGGUCUGGGGCACUAAAUGUCUUGUGAAUCUUGUAGUGAUUAUGGAGUACUAAGAUGUGCGGCUGGCUUGAAGGACCAUAACUGAGAAAGUUGUGGAGCCGAAAACCUUGCAUAUCUGUGUACCCUUAGUGGCAUGGUUGUAAUCCUUGUUGAAUCUCCAAGAAGGUUGAAGACUGAUGUUUGAACUGGACCCUAAAUAAAAAUGUAUUUUGAA